UUUUUUGACAUUGCAACCCGGAAGUGAACCGUCCAUGUGCGCACGUGGUUUUCAUAAUCAAGCGUCAAAAUGGCUGAACAGAGAUGGGUACCGCUCGAGUCUAACCCCGAUGUGCUGAACAAGUAUAUACAUGACCUCGGAGCCCCAAGUAAGUGGCAGUUUGUGGAUGUGUUUGGGUUGGACGAUGACCUCCUCGCCAUGGUACCCCAGCCAGUGGUGGCCAUCAUGCUGUUGUAUCCUCUCACAGAGAAGGUAGAGGGCAACCCAAUUGGAGAUGUGGAGACAAGUGUUCUAGAGAAAUCCUACUUCAUCAAACAGACUAUCCGAAAUGCCUGUGGAACCAUUGCUCUUGUACAUGCCCUGGCCAAUAAUAAGGACAAGAUUGAGUUUGAUGAUGGCAAAUAUUUCACCAAGUUUCUGGAGAGUACCAAGAGCUUGAGCCCAGAGGAGAGGGCAAUUUUGGAGAAAGAUUCUAAUAUGGGGAAUAUUCACGAGGAGAGUGCACAGGAAGGCCAAACACAGGCUCCAUCAAGAGAGGAUGAGGUGAACCCCCACUUUGUUGCCUUCAUCCAUCAGGACGGUGGCCUGUACGAACUUGAUGGGCACAAGGACGCACCAAUCAGACACUCUGACUCAACACCAGAGACCCUCCUGCAAGACACAGCCAAGGUCCUGCGGAAGUUCAUGGAUCGUGAUCCAGAAAAUAUCAACUUUGCAAUCACAGCCUUGGUCCAAAAUUAGGACCCUUUUACCAGGUCAAGCCAAGAUGCACCACCACUCUUCCUGUGGCUUAUUGCAACAAGCCUGCUGAUUGGCUAGUAUUUCUUUACUGUCGAAGCAGUGUGGUUGCUUUUGAUAUACACAGAGCCAGCAGCAGGAGGUUCAGCAAAGAAAUAUUUCCUCAAAAUUUGAUGUAAUGACGUUUUUCCCAAAACGAUUUUUUUCUUAUGGAAAAUCUUCAACCUGCACCUUUUGAGUACAGGAAGAGAAUAUUAGACUGAAGCGAAAUAAUUUUGAUAAAAAAAAUACUCAAAUAGAAUAUUUCAAAAUCACCUUAGUUUUGAGGUGACAAUUUCUACUUAAUGGGAAAGCUCAUUUCAGUCACCAAUAAACUGAAUCAGUAUAUGUGUGGACCAUAUUCUUGAGGCUCACUUCAGGAAGAGGUUUGCCACAGGUCUGUAUGUGAUAUGCCUUGUUUUCGUACUGGCGAUUAUGCUUGUAUCCUGUGAAUGAAUCUGCCUUGUUGUCAUAUGCUUGUUUGUUGUUCAUGAUGUUGAUGGUUAAAAGUCUGAAUGACAGACUGGUGGCAAUUUGAACCAGAAGUGGUAGAGGAGUACUGAGUGUUUAAGCAAAAGAUACUGCUUUCGAAAGGUAAGGAAUAUGUGUAUAAAGCCAUGUUGUAUUAUUUCGUAUUAUGAUGUAUUAUUGGCUUUAUGUAACAAUUUAAUGAUUUUUUUCAAGUAAUAAUGUUUUGAUAAUUUCAUCCAAAAUUCAGGUUGAUGGUUGUUUUAGCAAAUUACUGUUUCUUGUGGUCUGUUUCUAAGGUGAAAUCUUAGGAAUUCCACAUCAUUUCGUUUGAAGUUAUUGUUUAUUGUGAGAUAAAGGUCUGAAAGAAUGCUCCCCAAUGUUUUUGACAGCCAGAUCCAUCUAUUCGUGUUAGUGUUUUCACUAUAAAUCCAAUCUGAUGCUCUGUUUCAGAUGUGUUGAUAGUUUUCUACAUCAAAUAAGAAGAUGGUGUUAUGUCUAUCUUAUAUAAUGAACCAGCCCAUAGUUCUCCGGUGAUAGUAUAUUCCCACAGUGCCAUUGACAAGUAAAGUCACAGGGUCGUAGGAUGGUGAGAUACACCAUCUGUGACGUUCAAUCAGCUCCUAUUAUCGUGAUAUUUAGGAACCUGUUUGGUUCAGUUUCAAAAUAAGGACACCAUUUAGUUACCAAUUUUAUUUGUUUUAUUCAGUUAUCAGUGUUUGAAAGAUUUAUGUUUUGGAUGAUGGAAGACUUUCUUGAAACCCAACUUCACAAUUCCUGAAAAGGCAUUAAAGGAUUAUUCUAUUCUAUUCUACAGUCAGUCACACUUUACAGAAUAGCUGGUAAAUUACAGGUGAAUCAAUUAUUUGGAUGUGGACCAACAUUCUUUCAAUGCUUUUCAAAAUUAUGCACAAAAAUGGUAUUUCAUUUAAACAUUUUAUAAACAAAUCCAUUUAACAAGUUUAAUGCUAAUGAUUGACAACUGAUUUUUUAUCACUACUCUACCUAAGAGUGUCUCGGUGGUCAAAGCCGAUAGGGAAAACAGAAUUUCCUGAUAGUCAUAAAUAAGGGAUGAAUUUCACAAUUAAUGGUAUAUUUUUCAACAGUUUAACACUAAGGUUGCCAGGAGAAUCCUGUUGAGUUUGGUGUGACAAGUGUCAUGGGCACCAAAGUUCAGAUCCAAGAUGGUUUCAAACCCAAACCCUUGAUAUAUUUCAACACAAAAUAGGUUUCUUAAAACCUUCCAGACAAAUGGCCAGAUUGUGUAAUUUGAAAUCAUGGUUUAUGUCCGAGAAACUCAGUUUGUGGGACGAUCGUAUUUUAUGAACUUUUGGCUGUUGUUUGAUCAUAUGACAUCAGUUUUAUGAAAACUAAGAUGGUUUUUUUGACUGGUCCAAAUAUUAUUUGCCUGUAUAUUUUUGUCCACGGGCAUGUUUUUUAUGUAUGCAUGGGUUUUUUUGGAUGAUAUUUUCAGUACACACCUGCAGGUCUAUGUGGCAACGCUAUGUACUACACCUGCCAAAGUUCAUGUCGCAGACUGUAAUAAAUAUUGCUACAAGCA